UCUUCCCUCCUCUCCAGGCGAUGGAUUCUCCCUACGCCAACGGAGCCUACAGCCCCCCGUACCCCCCGGCGGCGGGUGCUGCCCCACACUACGCCGUCCCCCCGCAGACACGGGGGUACUACUGCUCCAGGGCCCCACGCACCUCCUACCCCACCGACUCCACGGGCAUCUACCGGCCCCCCUCGCCCGCUCCCCCCUGGAGCUACGUCCCCCCGGACGGCCCCGUCGAGGGCUCCUCUCUCCGCAGGCAGCAGGUUCCCGGCUACUCCCCGCCGCAGACCCCAGGCAUGCCCAUCCCGCAGUAUCCGUACGGAGACAAUCCCGGGGUGACGCCGCAGGGGCCUCCGCCACAGCCCAGAGCCCCGGAGGACUCGUGGGGUCCCCCCAUCUAUGGGGUGCAGCCCCGUUAUGCCUGGCCCGCUGCCCCCACCCUCGGGAGCCCCUUCGUCUCCGAAUCGCAUCCACCCUGGACCGGCAGUGGAGCUGCUCCCCACCCUCCCACGUGGGACUCAAAGGACAGCGCUUACGACAGCCCCGAGCAAAGCCCAAACCAGCACCACUACUAUCCUGAUGUCCACCACCAGCACGCUGGGACAAUGAGUGACCCCAAGCCAGCCCCCCCCAACCCCCGGGUGCAGUACAGCGCCCAGCCCCACAUGUACGACACUGCCCCUCGGAAGCCCUCGACCAACAGCCGGGGGGCUGGUUUUAAACCCAACGACCAGCCAUCGACCAAUUCUGGAGCCAUCCAGCCCGAGAUCCAGCGAAUCCUCCAGGUGGUGGGAGAGGCUGAGCAGCUGGAGCAAGAGGUGGAUGAAUUUGUAGGAAAAAAGACAGAUAAAUCCUACCGGCUCCUGGAGGAGAUGUUGACCAAGCUGCUGCUGGAACUGGAUUCCAUCGAGACUGGUGGCCAGGACAGUGUUCGGCAGGCCAGGAAAGAGUCCGUCCACAGAAUUCAGGCCAUACUGGAAAAACUGGAAAGAAAGGGAUUGUGAAAGCACAUCAGCCACAACACACAGGCCGUUGUUGAGGCUCCAAAGAGUUUUAGUUCUGUUAAAUCUCAGCUCUUUCUGCUACGCACUAUUGACAAUGGAAUAGCAAUAAGCCCCGACUUAAACACACAAAUAAAACCACCAACCGACCCCCCCCCCGCCAGCCCAGCCCCAACCAACAACCUGGCAACGGACAAAUGAAAGGUCUGAAGCAGCAAACUGUGAAUUGUUUGUCUGUUCCAGGCUCUGGAGAGGCAGAGCCACCCCAGGUGCUUACGCUGUCGAGGACUCUGUGGGCAUCUGCGGGAAGAAACCCAAUGUACAGAGUUCCCCAGACCCACCCCUGAUCUCUAGGUGCUUCCUGCAGCCCCAGCAGUUCCUCACGCAGCCGGAACCCUUGUCAGAUGUGGUCACAGCCGUCCUGCAACGAGCAGCCACACACCGAGAGCCUGGGCUCGUCGGUCACCACCUGUGUUUCCAGCUUCAGCUUCCUCACCAUAAAACCUUGUGUGCCGUGGUGGGGUUUGGCUUGGUUCUAGUGCCCUGAAGCAGAAAGGGACCACGCUGGCCACCCGAGCAGGUGUCAUGUCGUGCUGUUCCUCCUGUGUCACCAAGAGCUGGUCCCUGGUUUCCCCCGUGGACACAGGAACAGCCCGGAGAUCUCCAUUCUGCCCCUGGAGAGGUACAAGCAGAGGAACAAUGUCAGAGCAGAGUGACCUGAAAUGGCAGGAUGCUUGGAAAUGCUUCCAGGUCACUUGGGUAACAAAAAAAAAAUCCACUUUUUAAUUGUAAGGUCCUUCCACGUACUGCAUUUUUGUAUCCCACUGUGACACCACCCUGGUGGCACCCAGCACCGCGGAGGGGACGGGAACGGCUCGGCCCAAUCUUAACCUCCUGGUUACAACAUGUGAAGUGACUCGUGACCGUGUGUGACGAGACAAUAAACCCUGACAGCUUUUAAAUGUUAUUUUGUAAUUAA